CCCCGCUCCCGGCCCCCCUCCCGGUCCCGGGCGGGAGGAAUCCCCGCCGCCCCCCGCCCGCUGAGCCCCGGCCCGGCCAUGGGGGCUCUGACCAGCCGGCAGAACGCAGGGGUGGAGGAAGUGGAUGUCCCCGCUAAUUCUGUCUACAGAUAUCCCCCGAAAUCCGGGAGUUACUUUGCCAACCACUUCAUCAUGGGCGGGGAGAAGUUCGACUCCACGCACCCCGAGGGGUACCUCUUCGGCGAGAACAGCGACCUCAACUUCCUGGGGAACCGGCCCGUGGUGUUCCCUUACGCUGCUCCACCUCCUCAGGAACCCGUGAAGACCCUCAGGAGUUUAAUCAACAUCCGCAAGGACACCCUGCGCCUUGUCAAGUGCUCGGAGGAGGUGAAGACCCCAGGGGAAGAAGUGAGCAAAGCCAAGGUGCACUACAACGUGGAGUUCACCUUCGACACGGACGCCCGUGUGGCCAUAACCAUCUACUACCAGGCAACCGAGGAGUUUCACAAUGGGAUGGCGAGCUACACCCCCAGGGACAACAGCCUGCAGUCGGAGACGGUGCACUACAAGCGGGGGGUGUGCCAGCAGUUCUGUGUGCCCUCCCACACCAUCGACCCCUCCGAGUGGAGCGAGGAAGAGCUGGGCUUUGACCUGGACCGUGAGGUUUAUCCCAUGGUGGUGCAGGCUGUGGUGGAUGAAGGAGAGGAGCACAGUGGGCACUGCCACGUGCUGCUGGCCACCUUUGAGAAGCACAGUGAUGGCACCUUUUGUGUGAAGCCACUCAAGCAGAAGCAAGUGGUGGAUGGUGUGAGCUACCUCCUGCAGGAGAUCUAUGGCAUUGAGAACAAGUACAACACACAGGACUCCAAGGUGGCCGAGGACGAGGUGAGCGAUAACAGCGCCGAGUGCGUGGUUUGCCUGUCGGACGUCCGGGACACCCUGAUCCUGCCCUGCCGCCACCUCUGCCUCUGCAACACCUGUGCUGACACCCUGCGCUACCAGGCCAACAACUGCCCCAUCUGCAGGCUGCCUUUCCGAGCCUUGCUUCAAAUCCGAGCCAUGAGGAAAAAGCUGGGCCCGCUGUCGCCCACCAGCUUCAACCCCAUCAUCGCCUCACAGACCUCUGACUCCGAGGAGCACUCGUCCUCGGAGCACAUCCCCCCGGGGUACGAGGUGGUGUCGCUGCUGGAGGCUCUCAAUGGGCCGCUGACGCCGUCGCCGGCCGCGCUGCCCCUGCGGGCGCUGGGGGACCCCCCGGGCGUGGGGACCCUGCCCUCCUAUGGCAGCGAUGGCCCCCUGCCCCCCCUGAGGGCCCUGUCACCCCUCGAGCGCCUGCCCGACUGCGGCCCGCCGGGGCUCAAGCUGAAGAAGAGCAUCUCCAAGUCCAUCUCACAGAAUUCCUCUAUCCUGCCCGAAGAGGAGGAUGAGAAGUCGUGCACUGAGUCAGAGCUGAGGGUGUCCAGGAGGAGAUCCCCAGCCCGGCAUGAGGAGGAAUGUGGUGCAACGCCAGAGAGUGAAAACUUCACCCUGUCAUCAUCAGGAGCCAUCGACCAGUCCUCCUGCACUGGGACACCCCUCUCCUCCACCAUCUCGUCCCCAGAAGAGCCCGUGAGCAGCAGCCUGGCUCAGUCCGUCAUGUCCAUGGCCUCCUCCCAGAGCCAGCACUCCCAGCUCAGCACCGACACCGUGUCCUCCAUGUCUGGCUCCUACAUCGCCCCUGGCACGGAGGAGGAAGAGGAGGAGGAGGAGGAGGAGGGGGACAUGCUCCCCUCGCCCGCGGCCGCAAGCGCCACGGCCUCUGAUGGAGAGUCAACACCUGUGGAGUCCCCGGAUCUAAAUUUUGUCAGCAUUUCUGCCGAGGAGCGCGAUGCCGAGGGAAACGAUGUGCUGGAGGAUGAGGACGCCUCUCCCACGCAGGAAGAUGGCCCGAGGACAGGCGCGUUCCUCGGUCUGACGUGUGACAAUAACAAUGACAUGGGCAUCGCACACGUGAAAGCGCUGGACAAUAAACUGUGCUCUGAGGCCUGCUUACCUGGCCCAGAGGCAGCCAACAACAACGUGGGGCUGCAGCAGACCUGGCCCCGCUGCCCCCCUGGCCCCCGGGACCCGGAGCAGGCAGCGGCCGCCCUGCCCGUGUGAGGGCUCAGCCUGGCUGGGGGCACCGACCCCCGCCCACCCAGAGGGACCCUGGUGUCUGUCACCGCCACCCCUUGGCUGUACCAGGACUGAUUUUCAAAAGAAAAGACGGUAACCUCGACUUUUCCAUGGGGGCUGAAAGCCAUGUCACUUUGGAGCCCCCCAUUAGCACCUUCCCAUUGUCCAGCACUAAAGGGGAGAGGCUGGGGUCCCCUCCUGUCCCCCCCUCACCCCAGUCAUCUUACACCCCCAAGCUCCUCUCCUCCAAUGUGUGGAGCAGAUGGGACAGGGUCACCUCACCAAGGGGAUUUUGGGAUGUGGGUGGGUGGGGACAAUGGGAGGAAGAUGUUCAGGGCUGUGGGUUCAAGGAUGUGUUGGGAUUGGCAUCCUUGGUGUGUGAGCUGGUGACUUUCAUGGGGGGCCACCCCCCUGCCAGGUGUGCUGGCCCCUGCCAUGCAGUGUCCCCAUGCCAUGGGAUGUCCCCAUUAAUGGUGCCCUCAUAGCUCCCCCUCCCUCUGCUCUCCUGAGCACCACCUGGGCUCCUGUUGCCUUUCCUGGGGGAAUGGAGCAGGGUGGCAGGGGUGGGCAGGAGGCCUGGUACUGCCCCUAGCCCGGUCACCAGCCCCUGGAGCAUUGAUCAUUUAUCCUCUCUGUCUUCCGCCCUGCUGAGAGCUCAGGGCUCUGGGCUGUGCCCCUCUCUCUGGAACAAGUGCCAAAAGUGUCACCUCCAUCCCAACAGUCCUGCCCUCCCCGUAACACUUUGUAGCAAGGGGUGGAUGAGGGUGUGGGAGCUGCCCCCCAUCUCUGUCCCCAUCCCUCUGGCCAGCAUUGGGCUGACAGCAUAAGUGGAUUUUGCUCCAAGGGCAGACACACAGGGGUGGUAAAGGAGGAGGGAUAAAGUCACAGACCUUGGGGGCCUGGUGGGGCCACUGGCAGAGGCCAGGCUCCACUCCAGAGAGCAUCAGGGACAGUCAGAAAUCACUGUCAGAAACUGGAGGAGCAUCAGACCCUGCAUCCCAGUCUAGCAGGCUCUGGAGCUGUUUGGGGCAGCCCAGGGUGGGAAGCUCAGCCUCCCUUUUCCCCACCUGGUUUUGUCACACACCUGUGGCAGCAAAGGCCAUCUCCUCUUUGCAGGACACAGCUGCAUUUCAGAGCCACCUCAGGCCAGAGCUGCACUGAAAGCAGUGCCCCUGGAGGGGUGUGUGUGGGCAGCAGGUUCCCAGUGCCAUCCCCAUGGCAGAGCAUGGGCUGUGCUGGUGAUGGCAGUGGCUCCUAAAGAGGGAUGAAGCUCUUUUGGGGUGUGGGGAUGAUUUCUCUGCUUGCUGUGUGGCCCCAGUGUGGGUUUGGAGCUGGCCAUCCCACUGCUCUCUCCUCUGGACUGGCUGUGUCUCCUCUAAGCUCAACAGCUCCCAAAUUCCUCCCUGGGAACCCAGGGUUUGAUGUGAGGGGGUGGCAUGUCCAAAACGCCAUCCUGUGGCAUGCGAGCUGCAAACAGCAGGGAGGGCUGAAGGGGUGGGGACAAUCCCUGGGUGUCCCAGCCCCAAGGAGCCACAGCAGCACACAGGGAGAGCUUCACCAUCAUGCUGAGCUGAGAGAAUCACAGCAGCCAUCUCUUCCCUAAGUCUCCAGCAUGGGCAGGGGAGAGCAAAUCGGGCUGAUGCUCCAGGGGCGCCUCGUCUACCAAAGCCCAGCCUUCCUCAUGGUUUCAAAGGGGACAAGGACAGCUGGCCUGGCACCCUGCACAGGGUGCUUGUGGCUGCCAGCAGAACGAGGAGCACUUAGGAGCGACUGUGGGGGUUUUCUGGCUUCUCUGAGCGGUGUCCCCAAGGCUGCAGGAGCAGGCAGAGCCGGGGUGGCUGCGGGUGGGCGCUGCCCGUCGGUCAGAGCGAUGGAGAGGAGCCCGGAGGAUGCUGCGGCCGAGCAGUGCUGCUGCCUGGCUGUGAGAAGAGAAUCCAUCCUCUGGGUGGCACAGGAGAGACGGGAUUUGGGCAUGGGCGACACCAGCCAGAAGGGAUAAGGGGCAGGCAGGAGCUGCCAGAGCAGCUGGGGUGAAAGGUGGCAGCCCCUUGUCUCACGGGGCAGCCCCUUGUUCCAGUGACCCACGUGUCAGGGAUUUAAGGAAGGAAACCAGAUUGCUGCUUAUGAUUUUGCUUUGAGCAUGUUCUGGAUUUUAAGAGUAUGUUUAAUAAAGGGUAUCUUAUGU